GUUUAGUUUUCUUGCAUAUCUGACAGAAGUAAGGUGGAAAUCGACAUUUCUUCGGUCUUGAUGGAUUUGACUGUUACCUGAAUUCACUUAUGUGUAAUAAUAUAAAGUGAAAGAUGUUAUUCAUAAACCAGAUUCUAAUACUUAUAUUUCUGACGUUAUUUUCAGAAUUACUGGGUCAUGAUGAAAUUCCAAAUUGGUGGAUUGGCAAACAUCCUCACAAGACGUUAGUAAUUAACGAGGGUGACCCUAUUGAGAUAAGUUGCCUGGCUGAAAACUCAAUUUUCUAUUACCCGAAGCAUAGCGGAACCUCAAAUUUCACGAUUACACAAGGAAAAAAGGAUUCAGAAUCUACUUUAAAUAUUUUUCGACGCCAUAAAGCUGUUCAUGGCGAUUCCGAUUUUUAUUGUUGCUUAAAAGUUAAUAGCACAACUAUUAACGUCGACUAUACCGACAACGAUUUCUCAGCAGAAAUACCAUUAAAUUUGACUUAUGUUUACGUAAGAUCAAAAAAGUAUGCAUUUGCCAAUCGUUUAAGUAGAAACGUGUGGAGUUGGACUAAAGGAACAUAUAUGAGAGUAUUUUGUCGACCUUCUUCGCCAGAUUUACAUGUUGAACUCGAACAUCAUUAUCGCGGAAAUCGAAAAGUAAUAACACACGACAAAAGAGUUUUCUGGGAACCAAAAUUUGGUUUUAUCGUUAAAAAUGUGCAACCGGUGGUAGAUGAUGGUUUAUACGUAUGUAAGGCGAAUCACAACGGUCAUAAUAAAGAACUUCUUUAUCCAAUAUCGAUUACUGAGGACGAUGUUUAUAAUAGUCCAUAUAUUAGUAAAAAUGAAGAACCACUUAAGCGAGGAGAUUCUGUACACCUGGCCUGUAGAGUCCUUUUAGAAAAUUUUACGAAGCAUGAACUGAAUUGGAUUACACCAAGAAAGAACAACAAGGUAACAACAAAAAUACAUUCUGAAAAAGCUGAUGCGGGUUUUGUUGUGACUAAUGAGCUGCUGAUAACAAACUUUACUGAAGAUGACCAAGGAGAAUACCAGUGCGAUUUUGUACAUUUCAAUAAAGCAGAACCAGAAGUAAAAUCAGUUACUGAGUCUCUCAAAAUUUAUGAUUCAAAGACUAGAUAUAUGAAGAUUAUUUAUGAUCGAGCUGAAAAUAGUUUUGUUCGAUAUACUGGAGACAGUUUAUAUAUAAUUGUUGAGGUGGACGCAUUUCCGAGACCAAAAGUUCAAUGGUUGAAUCCGAGAGGUGCAGAUAUUCAGGAUUCAGAAAAAAUCUCCGUAUACAACAGUUAUUUCUAUCCCCGAUUGAUUAUAGAAGACAUAGGGUUGGCUGAUGGAGGCGUUUAUACUCUUCAAGUAUCUCUUGAUGAUGAAAUCCAAAUGAUGAAAUUUACCCUAGAAGUUAAGCCUCUAUGAAAUUCGCUUUAAAGAAAUCUAAAAAAUUACCUGAACAAACUGAUUUGAUUUAAAAUAAAAAAUAAAUUAUUACCAUGUAAAUUAAAGCAGUACGCAAUGAAGAAAUAAAAUAAUCUCGUCUCUUAGA